GGGGAGGAUGGCGGCGCUGGCGGCGGCUGAGGCCGCGGCGGGCCCGGGACCGGCCGAGGCGGCCGAGGCGGCCGGAGCGGCGGAGCUGAGCCGCGCGCUGGGCCGCCUGCUGCCCGGGCUGGACGCCGACAGCAAGCUGGGCCGCCGGCGCGCGCUGGAGGCCCUGCGGGGCGCGCUGGAGGCGGCCGCCGCCGACCCCGCCGCCUUCCAGGGCCCGUGGGCACGCCUGCUGCUGCCGCGCCUGCUGCGCCUCCUGGCCGACCCCGCCGAGGGCUGCCGCACGCUGGCCGCGCACCUGCUGACCUUGGGCCUGCGCCGCGCCGCGCGGCCCCGCGACGCCCUGCCGCGCCUGCUGCCCGCGCUGGCCGCGCGCCUGGCCGGGCCCGAGCCGCGCCGCCCGCCGGCCGAGCCGUGCGAGGAGCUGCGCCUGGCGCUCGUGCAGCUGCUGGGCCUGGCCGUGGGCCUGGGCGGCGCGGCGCUGGCGCCGCACCUUGACGACGCGGUGCGCGUGCUGCGCUGCACGCUCCUCGACCCCUUCGCCGCAGUGCGCCGCGAGAGCUGCCGCUGCGCCGCCGACCUGGCGCGCGCCACGCCAGAACACUUCCACAUGCAGUCGGAAUCCCUGGUGCGGCCGCUCAUGCAGACCAUCUCCCACCAGCACUGGAAGGUGCGGGCAGCGGCCAUCGAGUCCACAGGCGCUGUCAUCCGCUACGGCGACGCUAAAUCCCUGGAUGACGUGAUUCCACAUUUUGCACAGCGGCUAUUUGAUGACGUCCCGCAGGUGCGCCAGGCCGUGAUGUCUGUGGUGGGGGACUGGAUGCUGCACCUGCGAGACCGCUACUCCUUCUUCCACAAGCUCCUCCCGCUCCUGCUCAGUGGUCUCAGUGACCCGGUGCCAGCCAUCGUCUGUGAGGCUGCCAGUCUCUGGGAGCAGGUGGGUCUGCAAUGGCAGCAAGAGAAUGAGCAUGACCUGAAGGACAAGCUGGACUUCCCCUCAGUCCCACCAGCCCACCACCCCUCCCCAGGCACCCGCCCCAACUUGGGGUGCCGGGAGCUGGUCUUCAGGAAUCUCUCUAAGAUCCUUCCAGCUGUGUGCCAUGACCUCGGGGACUGGGUGGCAAGCACCCGGGUGAAGUCAGCACAGCUUCUCGUGCAGCUGCUGCUCCAUGCAGAGGACCACACCACACAGCACCUGGAGUUACUGCUGCGGGCCCUGCAGCACGCCUGUGCUGAUGAGGAGCCAGCCGUGGUCGACAGCUGCACACGAUGUGCGGAGUUGAUGGGCAUGUUCGUUAGCCCUGAGGUGCUCCUGAAGCUGCUCCUGCCCUCGCUGAGGAAGUCACCAUCGGCCCCAGGGCUCCUGGUCCUGGCCUCAGUUGUGCGCGGCUGCCCCGGGGAGGUGCUACGGCCUCAUGUGCAGACCAUCGCCACAGAACUGGCCCAGGUCCACAGCUGCAAGGGGUCCCAGGAUCGCCUGUACGGGGAGCAUCUGCUGCUGUGCGUGCAUGCCCUGCUGGACCAGAGCCCCGACGCCUGCAGGGAGGCUGGCCUGCUGCUGCUGCAGGUGCUGGUGACCGCUGCAGCCCAGUGGGGACCCACUGGCCUCAGGGACAAGGUGCAGGAGACUGUGGCUUUGCUGGCCACUGCUGAGGGCGUGGAUGGAAGCCAGGGCCUCUAUGGGAGGCACGUAGGACACCUUCUGGAGUGGCUGGAGAGCUCAUGUCAGGACUGGACCGUGCAUUCAGUGGGGCUCCUGCAGUUCACCGUGGUCGUCACCCACUCAGGGCCUGCCCUCGGGGGGGUGCUCCCGAAGCUCCUGGCUAUCCUCAGGGACUGUCUCCAGCCCGCCCGAGACCCACAGCUACGGUUAAAGCUGCUCGCCCUGUUGGGCCAGGUGCUGCUGCACCCCAAGACCCUCGACUCCCAGGGCCACUUGCACAAACAUGUGGACUCAUUGGUCACUGAGCUGCUGAUCCCCAACCUGCAGUGGCACGCCGGGAGGACAGCCACCGCCAUCCGCACAGCAGCCGUGUCCUGUGUCUGGACGCUUGUCAGCAGCGGGACUCUGGCGGCACAACAGGAUGAGGCCUGGGUUGAGGCCACUCAGGCUACACUUAUGCCCUCUGUGCUGGCCGCCCUGGAAGAGGACUCGCCCACAGCUCGCCUGGUGUCCUGCCACAUCGUGAACCACUUCCUAAAAACUUUGGGGGCUGCGGCUGACCCAGACAAGCUCCUCAAGGUGUACCCAGAACUGCUGAAGCGUCUGGAGGACGUGUCCCAGGAUGUGCGGCUGGCGGCUGCCAAGGCGCUGGGCACCUGGUUCCAGUGCGUGGGCCACCUGUGCAGCCCGUGUUCCUUGCAGAGCAGCGUCCAGUAUCUGUACCAGGAACUGCUGGUACAUCUGGAUGACCCUGACAGCACUGUUCAGGACGCCGUGCUGGAGGUCCUCAAGGUGGGCAGCACCGUCUUCCCUGAGCUCCUGGUGCAGGAGACAGAGGCCAUCAUCCACAAGCACCGAGACCCCUCCCUCUGUGAGCAGCUGCUACAGCACGUGCGGGCCCUGCCGCCAGACACUCCGGGCCCUUGUUCUUGCCGGCAGGACACAGGGCCCUGAGCACUUGGAUGACCACCUGUGCCUGGGAUCUUUUUUCAGCAUCGUUUGGCUUCUGUCUUCUCUCUCUCUGUGAUCAGUGGAGAGUUGAUGGCCGUCUGCCCCAUGGUCGCCAUUCACGGCUGCCAAGUCAUCACUCUUCUCUGGGCCUGCGUCAGCUGCUCAGUGCCUACCAACAAAGAUCUUGAUGGAUUUUCAAAACCAACAUAUUGAAAAGGUUCCUUUCUUUUGGUGACCUCUCUACAAAAACUUAGUGUUUCAGUGAGCAGAUGGGAAAAGAAUUUCACUUGAAAUCUGAAGAAUGAUUCAUAAACUUCCCAUUUAAAAGGUCCCUGAACAUAAAACAUUACAUGGGGACAUUCACAGUGUUUUCACUUAUGUCACUUUUCACUAACAGUGUUGAGAAGAGGAUGUUUAAUCAAAUGUAGUUUUGAAUUCUCUCUUGUAAGUAACAAUAAAGAUUCUAUUUUAUUCUCUA